CGGGCUGCGCGCGAGGGAUGGGUGUGAGGCUGCGCGGGCCAGCCGGCUAGCGAGUGUGGGCGUGAGACAGACUGACCUGUGAGUCGGGCGUGUGAGAGAGAGAGAGAGAGAGACAGGCAACGGCGAGAAGCGGGCGAGCCUGUAUGUGAAAGAGCGGUCAGUGUGAGAGGCUUGGGUGUGUGCGAGGGAGAGACAGACUGAACUGUCAGAGUUCAGAGCGUGAGACCAGGCUGUGUGAGCGGAGACAGACCACAGUGUGAGACCAGUGAGAGUGACAAAUGUGCGAAACACCAGUGUGUUAGGCUCCCUGGGAGGCCAGUGUGUCUGUGAGAGAGACAGAGACUGGAUUGUGUGAGUGAGAGUGAAACCAGGAUAUGUUGGUGUGAGUGUGUGAGAGAGGGAGACAAUCAAGUACGGGAGAAAGUUGUGUGUUUGAUACUGUGAAAUAUAGAUAUUUGGUCUUCAUCCCAGUUUCCUGGCAUCCAGCUUCUAAAAUCCCUCUAAAAUCUCUGAUGUAGUAAAUGUCUUUUUGUAUGCUAAUGAUCGUGUGAAAGAUCAGUCAGUGUGAGAGGCCUGGGUGUGUGUAUAUGUGAGAGAGAGACAGAAUGAACUGUGAGAGUUCAGAGUGUGAGACCAGGGUGUGUUGCUGUGUGAGACCAAUGAGUGUGAGCCCCUAGGUAGAGUCCAGGUGGGGGCCGCUCACUGGAAAGACCAAGGCAGGAUUAGAGGGUUGGUACUGUUUGCCCCACCUUCAAGCUCCCAGGAGAGGAAAGGAUCCAGGCUUCCAUAAAAACUCAAAAGGAUCGGUUUUGGUGAACUUCCCGGAGAACUGAACUCAUGGAAGUUCCUGUAGGCCUUGCCCUUCCAGGACACUACUGUUGUCCAAGAGAGAGACCAGGAAGAGAAGGCAAAAAUGAGUGUUGAGCUAGUGAAAGCCAUGCCCCAGGACUUAGUGACAUUUAAGGAUGUAGCAAUAGACUUUUCCCAGGAGGAAUGGCAAUGGAUGAACCCUGCUCAGAAGCACUUAUAUAGGAGUAUGAUGUUGGAGAAUUAUCAGAGCCUGGUAUCACUGGGCCUUUGCAUUUCUAAGCCAUAUGUGAUCUCCUUAUUGGAGAAGGGGAAAGAACCUUGGGAGAUGAAGAGUGAGAUGACAAGAAGUCCGUUCUCAGAUUGGCAAUCUAUAUAUGAGACACAAGAAUCAUCUCUGAAGCAGUUCAUGUACAAUGAUGCAUUCAUAGAGAGAAUUACAAGCUAUGGACUUGAGUGUUCCACUUUUGGAGAAAAUUGGAAAUGGGAAGACCUUUUUGAGAGACAGAUGGGAAAUCAAGAGACAUUUAGCAGGACAGAAACAAUCACUCAUAAAAAAACCCUCACUAAGAAAACAGACCACAAAUACACCAAAUUUGGGAAACUUGUGCAUCUGGACAAUGUAGAUGAGAGUGUUUAUAAUCACAAGUUAGAAAAAAAAAGCUUCUCUAAAAAUUCUAUGGUAAUAACACACAAGAAGGUCUAUGUAUCAAAGAAACUUUUUAAAUGUAAUGAAUGUGACAAAACCUUCACUCACAGCUCAUCCCUUGCUGUUCAUCAUAGAAUUCAUACUGGAGAAAAACCAUAUGAAUGUAAAGAAUGUGGAAAAGCCUUCAAGCAGAGGCCACACCUCGCUCAACAUCAUAGAACACAUACUGGGGAGAAACUCUUUGAAUGUAAAGAAUGUAGGAAAUCCUUCAAACAAAGUGAGCAUCUUAUUCAACAUCGAAGAAUUCAUACUGGAGAAAAACCAUAUAAAUGUAAGGAAUGUAGAAAAGCCUUCAGACAGCCUGCACAUCUUGCUCAGCAUCAGAGAAUUCAUACUGGAGAGAAACCCUAUGAAUGUAAGGAAUGUGGCAAAGCCUUCAGUGAUGGCUCAUCUUUUGCUCGACAUCAGAGAUGCCACACUGGCAAAAGACCCUAUGAAUGUAUUGAGUGUGGGAAAGACUUUAGGUAUAACUUAUCUCUUAUUCGUCACUGGAGGAGUUACCAUACUGGAGAGAAGCCUUUUAAUUGCAGUGAUUGUGGAAAGGCCUUCAGCGUUCACAUAGGACUUAUUCUGCAUAGGAGAAUUCAUACUGGGGAGAAACCCUAUAAAUGUAAUGUGUGUGGAAAAACCUUCAGCUCUGGUUCAUCCCGUACUGUACAUCAGAGAAUUCACACAGGAGAGAAACCUUAUGAAUGUGAUGUUUGUGGGAAAGACUUUAGCCAUCAUGGGUCACUCACUCAACAUCAAAGGGUACAUUCUGGAGAGAAACCUUAUGAAUGUAAGGAAUGUGGGAAAGCCUUUAGGCAGAAUAUACACCUUGCUAGUCAUUUAAGAAUUCAUACUGGCGAAAAACCUUAUGAAUGUAAAGAAUGUGGAAAAGCUUUUAGAAUCAGUUCACAGCUGGCUACACAUCAGAGAAUUCAUACUGGAGAAAAGCCUUAUGACUGUCAGGAAUGUGGAAAAGCUUUCAAACAGAAGUCACACCUUGCCCAACAUCAGAAAACUCAUACAGGAGAGAAACCUUAUGAGUGUAGUGAAUGUGGGAAAGCCUUUAGCCAGACUUCCAACCUUAUUCAACAUCAAAGAGUUCAUACUGGAGAGAAACCCUAUAAAUGUACUGAAUGUGGUAAGGCUUUCAGUGACAGUUCAUCCCGCACUCAGCAUCAAAGACUUCACACUGGCCAAAAGCCCUAUCAAUGUUUUGAAUGUGGAAAGGCAUUCAGAAGAAAGUUAUCCCUUAUUUAUCAUCAAAGAAGUCAUGCUAGAGAUGAAUGUUAAGAAUGUACUGCAUGUGGCAGAGUCUUUAGCCAUUCCUUACUUCAUCAGAGAACCCAUUCUGAAUAAAAACCAUAUGAAUGUAAGGAAUAUAGAAAAACCUUCGCCAGACUGCAUACUUUAUCACAGCUCACUGCAGCCUCAAGCUCCUGGGCUCCAGUGAUUCUCUGGCUUAGCCUCCUGAGUAGCUGAGACU